AUGGGGAUUAGUGGUAAUCAUCACCACCAUUUGAGUUUUCACAUUCCUCGGGUACUCAAUUUUCAUCACCACAAUGAAAAGAAUAAGAACAUUCUUCCAAAAGGGUAUUUGGCUGUGUUGGUUGGUCAAAACGAAGAGCAACAAAGGUUGGUGAUCCCACUAUUUUACGUCAACCAUCCAUUAUUCAUACAAUUGUUGAAAACAACUGAAGAAGAAGAAGAAUAUGAAUUCAAGCAGAAUGGACUCUUCACCAUUCCUUGCAAAAUCGACAAGUUUCACGAGGUUCAACGACUGAUUGAUAUGGAGAAAUCUCAUCAUCACCGUCACCAUGCUUGGUGUUUUAAAGUUUGA